CAUUAAAUACGCCCUCCCAAGAUCACAAUCCAUAGCUAACAAACUCCAUUCCUCUAUCAUAAUUGCUUCAGCUUCAGCUACCUCUCAGUAACAAAGAAAAAUAUUCUCACAUAACUCCGUUGUCUCCUCAAAAACACAGUAUUUGACCCAAGGAAAAAGUCAAAAUAUGAGAACAAGCAACCACUUGAUUGGUCUGGUAAACUUCCUGACCUUCUUGCUGUCGAUCCCAAUCUUAGGAGGCGGGAUAUGGCUGAGCAGCAGAGCGAACAACACGGACUGCCUCAAGUUCCUGCAGUGGCCGCUGAUCGUGAUCGGAAUCUGCAUCAUGGUGGUGUCGCUGGCGGGAUUCGCCGGCGCGUGUUACCGUAACACGUUCCUGAUGCGGCUGUACCUGGUGGUGAUGUUCUUCGUGAUAGCGGCCCUGAUAGGGUUCAUAAUAUUCGCGUACGUGGUGACGGACAAGGGAUCGGGUCGGGCGGUGACGAACCGGGCGUACAUGGAGUAUCACCUGGACGACUACUCCGGUUGGCUGGAGGAGAGAGUGGCGAGCGAUAGCUACUGGGGCAAGAUCAGCUCUUGCAUUAGGGACUCCAAGGCGUGUGCUAAGAUGGGCCGAACCGUCGGUGGUGUCCCUGAAUCUGCUGAUAUGUUCUACCUCCGACGACUCUCUCCUAUUCAGUCUGGAUGCUGCAAGCCCCCAACAGAGUGUGGUAUGUAUCAAAACGAAACGAAUUGGAUCCAAGGGUCAGGAUUGGUUGGGCCAAACCCAGAUUGCACCAGGUGGAGCAACGACCAAGAGCAGCUAUGCUAUGCUUGUGAUUCUUGUAAAGCCGGUGUGCUUGCCAGCAUCAAGAAGAGCUGGAGAAGAGUAUCUGUGAUCAACAUUGUCGUCAUGAUCACUGUUAUCUUCUAUAUAGUUGCUUAUGCUGUUAGGAACAACCGCAGGAUGGAUAACGAUGAACCCUCAGGUGAAGCCAGGAUGACCAAGGCACAGCCUAGCAGAAUCAGUUUUUAGCUCUGGAAUCCGAUGCCAGAAUUUCCAAGGCCAUAUGUUUAUUAGGUGCUUGUAUUGUUUUGUUUCAAACGUCCUUGUAACAAUUCUGAAUCUAUUUUUGUUUUUUAAAAACGGGCUGGAUGUGUUUUGUUGUAUGGGAUUACUUACACAAGGAAGGAAGGUUCGCGUACAAAAGUUGGAAAUC